UUUGCACAUGCGCAGUGGCCCGCUGGGAAAAACUUCCUGCAAAAUACUGCUCCCUAACAACAGACAAAGCUUACCGCGGUGGGAUUGUCGACAGACCCGGACUGAAAGCGCCCUCGGUCCGCUCCGUCAAUGGGUCCCGGCGGGCUGAGCGGGUGCAGAGCGUAGGCAGAGCGCGCGGACACGUCGGGCCGCAGCGAUGGACGAGGAGCAGCCGGCAAAGAAGGUGAAGGUUGAGAGAGACGGCGGGAACAGCAGGGAGCAGAGUCACCUGGGGGUCGGCGGCAGCCCGCCAGCCGCUCUGCCGUCAUCUGAGCAGGCCGGCUCCUUCGGGCUUGAAGCAGGUGAGCAGAAGCUCUCGAGCACCGACGGCACCGCGGAAAACCAAACAUGCGGCGAUGGGGGGAACUCGUUUCCUCAUGCAGGCUCUGAGUCAGCGGCUGCUUCUGAGUACAGCCAGCAAGGCUAUCAGGCAAGCAGCCCCGCAGUGACGUCCUUCAGCAGCCAGGUGGCGUUCCCUCCCCUGUCCCAGUCCAGCGUGUACUCUGGCUUCCCCCAGAGCGGACAGACGUAUGGCCUCCCGCCCUUUGGUGCUUUGUGGCCAGGCAUUAAAACUGAGACUGGUUUACCCGAGGCGCCCUCUGGUGGUCAGCCCGGGUUUCUCAGUUACAGCACCGCAUAUACCUCAACACAGCCCAGCGCGCUGCACUACUCAUACCCGAGCCAAGGCUCCAGCUUCACCACCUCCAGCGUGUAUUCCAGCAUGCCCUCAGCCGUGGCCGUUACCGCCCCUACCACUGCGGCAAGCCUCCAGGAGUUCAGCAGUUUCAGCCAUCUGGGACAGAACCAGUUCUCUCAGUUCUACACCAGUCCCCCCACCCACGAGCACAGCGCCGGUGUGGCCGGAUACUCGUCCGUGAAGUCGGAGGAGGCGUCCCCGGCCGGUUUGCCUCCCAGAGACGCGUCUCCACUAGAGAGCGUGCCGGCGGCCGCGGCGCUCCCUGCUGGAGGCAGAGACCAAACCGAACUCGCUCGCAGAAACUCGCUGGGCAAAGCCAAAGGGAAGAACAAGAAGAGUGAGACCUCGCCGCCUGCCAACAGCGACCUGGAGCGCAUCUUUUUGUGGGACCUGGACGAAACCAUCAUUAUCUUCCACUCCAUGCUCACCGGCUCCUACGCUCAGAAGUUCGGGAAGGACCCGGCGCCGGUGCUGAAUCUGGGCCUGCAGAUGGAGGAGCUGAUCUUCGAGCUGGCGGACACUCAUCUGUUCUUCAAUGACUUAGAGGAGUGCGAUCAAGUCCACAUUGAGGACGUGGCGUCCGAUGACACAGGACAGGACCUGAGCAACUACAACUUCCUGGCUGAUGGCUUCAACGGUCCCAGCAGCGGAGCGACGUCAGGAGCCGCCACGGGGGUCCAGGGAGGAGUGGAGUGGAUGCGUAAACUGGCCUUCCGCUACCGGCGGCUAAAAGAGAUCUACAACAGCUACAAAGGAAAUGUAGGAGCGUUGCUGAGUCCCGUGAAGAGGGACCUGCUCCUCAGACUUCGCUCAGAGAUCGAGAGCAUCACAGACGCCUGGCUUAGCACGGCGCUCAAGUCUCUCCUGCUCAUCCAGUCCAGGGGGCGGUGUGUGAACGUGCUGGUUACCACCACGCAGCUGGUUCCAGCUCUGGCCAAAGUGCUGCUCUACGGCCUGGGAGAAGUCUUCCCCAUCGAGAACAUCUACAGCGCCACUAAAAUAGGUAAGGAGAGCUGCUUUGAAAGAAUCGUGUCCCGCUUUGGGAAGAAGGUGACCUACGUGGUGAUCGGGGAUGGCCGAGAUGAGGAGUUUGCAGCAAAACAACACAACAUGCCUUUCUGGAGGAUCUCCGCACACGGCGACCUCACAUCCCUCCAUCAGGCUCUGGAACUGGACUUCCUGUAGGGGGCUGAGAAGCUGCAGCCGUUGUCGCUGGUGUGGACGAGGUCAGGCACACUCACCUGUUGAAAAGGCCUCUGCCCUUACCUCCUCUGACCCCCACCCCCAUCUACACCCCUCCACGGCAGCUACACUCACCACGGCUUGCUCUGAUUGGCUGCAGCAGACUCCGCCCCUCAGAACCUGCACUUGCUCUUAAAUAUGGAAGCCACAGCUCAGAGUUCCCUGACGGUCUGUGGAUCCCACUUCUGCUUGUGAGCCUCAGCAGGAAGUGCAGCAUGACCGCCACCUGAUCGGGACGCGGCGGUCGCCGAGCACAAGCUGAGUCACACUGAGCAUGCUCAGAACCACGCUCUCACAUCUGUGGUUUCUUCUAAAGCUUUCAGUCUCACAACUUUGGACAAACAGUUUCAAUAACAGCUCUGAGUAAGUCAGACUUGUGACAUCAUUUCCUGUGAAGAACCAGCCGCUGCAAAGACUGGGAAGUAAAGUUGCUGUGGCUGUGAGGGUCUUGUGUUAACGCUAACCGAGCCUGAGUGCUUCUCAGAGGAUCUCAGCCUCUGAAGGGCGAAGGUCCCUGAAGACCAUCGAGAACUGCACUGAGAACGAGUCUUGGAGACUGACAGGUCUUUCAAAGAUUAGAGGAAAGUCUGGAUCUUCUGAUGACUUGUCUUUAGAGUUUGUAUAAGUAAAUUCCUGGUUUGCCCAACUUAAAUGUUAAGAAAAAAUGUGUUUGUUUUUUAAAACCUUGUUAAAUUCUCAUCAUGUUGGUUGGCUGUUGGGCCCCAACAGUCGCA